GCUAUGUCGCUUGGCGAGGCGGCGCCGGUGGGAGAAUGGCCGGGACCGGCACAUUCAAGGAGAUAGUCGAAGGCGAUGUCUACAAAUUCUACGCCGAUGGACAGUGGCGGCUCUCCUCGUCCGGGAAUAUUUCAUACGUCUACAAUCCCACAGUGGCUGGGAAGCAAGCGUACAAGAUCACAGCUUGUUCUAAGGAUGAGGUGAACCAAGCUUUCCAAAGUGCGAAGGCGGCACAGAAGAUAUGGGCCAAGACUCCGCUCUACAAGCGAGCCGAAAUGCUCCACAAGGUGGCAGAGAUCAUGAGAAAGAACAAGGGACCGAUCGCCGAGUGUCUGGUGAAAGAAGUGGCCAAGCCAGCCAAGGAUUCCGUCACCGAGGUUGUUCGCUCCGCAGAUUUGCUGUCCUAUACUGCGGAAGAAGGAAUCAGGAUACUCUCCGAGGGAAAGUUUCUCGUCUCGGAUUCUUUUCCCGGGAAUCCAAGGAACAAGCUGUGCCUUGCUUCAAACGCCCCUCUUGGAGUCAUUCUGGCGAUUCCUCCAUUCAAUUAUCCCGUGAACUUGACUUGCUCGAAGAUCGGUCCCGCUCUCAUUGCUGGAAAUGCUGUAGUGGUCAAGCCACCGACGCAGGGCUCGGUGUCAACGUUACACAUGAUGCAUUGCUUUCACCUGGCAGGAUUUCCAAAGGGGCUACUUUCGUGUGUUCCGAUCAAAGCAUCAGAGCUUGGCGAUUAUGUUACCACCCAUCCUCUAGUAAACUGCAUCAGUUUUACGGGUGGCUGUGACACUGGUAUGUCGAUAUCAAAGAAGGCUGGAAUGGUGCCGCUGCAAAUGGAGCUUGGUGGGAAGGAUGCUAUGAUUGUUCUUGAGGAUGGCGACAUUGAACUGGCAGCGACGAACAUUAUAAAAGGAGGCUUUUCCUUCAGUGGGCAGCGCUGUACGGCAGUUAAAGUCGUGCUGGUGAUGGAAUCCGUAGCAGACAAGCUGGUUUCCAGCGUGAAUGCAAAGGUGGCACAGCUGAAAGUUGGGCCUCCUGAGAACGACUGUGAUAUUGUCCCGGUUGUGACUGAAGCGUCGGCAAAUUUUAUCGAAGGCCUGGUCACGGAUGCAAAAGCCAAGAAUGCGAAGCUUUGCCAAGAAUGGAAGAGGCAAGGGAACCUGAUAUGGCCAUUGCUGAUCGAUAACGUAACAACGGACAUGAGAAUCGCGUGGGAGGAGCCUUUUGGCCCCGUGAUACCGGUCAUGCGCAUCAAGACUCCAGAAGAAGGCGUCAAGCACUGCAACUCUAGCAAAUAUGGACUCCAAGGCUGUGUUUUCACAUCCGAUAUCAACAAAGCUAUGCUCCUGAGCGAUGCCAUGGAAAGCGGAACGAUCCAAAUAAAUUCCGCUCCGGCUCGUGGUCCCGAUCACUUCCCUUUCCAGGGAAUCCGUGAGAGCGGCGUGGGAUCACAAGGGGUCACGAACAGCAUCAACUUGAUGACCAAGAUCAAGACCACAGUUCUCAAUCUUCCGACCGCUUCUUACACGAUGGUGGGAGGCGACGUGUCUUUGCCGAUCGAGAAAAAAGGACCAGCGUGUGGUGAUUGUAUCGUGUGCAUGCAUAGCUAUGGAUGAAAAUGCCGAAAAAAUGCUAUCGAAUAUGCUAGAGAAUAUUUUUAAGCAACAUUCUUGGCAUUAUUCCUAAUCAAAGUUUAGG